AUGAAAGAGAGGAUGCAAGUUGUGUAUUCUUUGAUAAAUUCUCUACCCCAACCAUCAUAUUCCAGUAGUGACACUCAUUUCCGUCCCAUUGUAAUAUCUAAAUUAUUGUCACUUGUGAAGAGAAAUUUAGAAUUGGAAAGAGAAGCAAAGAAUUUGAGAAUGAAACGAGUAGAAAACAAUUUAGAAAAUACCCAAUUCAAGAAAUUAAUGAAAAAUCAAGUAAUUUCCUUCUAUUCUGCUGCGGUUCAAAAGUUCAUAUCCAUUGGUGAUAGUUUUUAUUAUUAUGAUUUGGUGAUUUAUCAAUUUAUGCAAGUUUUAUUAUGUAAGAAUAUUGAAAGAUCUCCAUAUAUGAGACAGUACGUUCCAGAAGAAACGAAUUUAAUUAGAGAGUGUAUUGGAAAGAUUAUUAGAAUGAAUCAAUAUUUGGACUAUUCGAAAUUGGGGAAAUUAUUUGAGUUAAUACUUGAAGAACUCCCUAAAUUGGAUCAAUUUAUUGAAUAUUCGGAUGACUUUAUAGAAAAAUUAUUUACAUUUUACAAAUUGAAAUAUCCAAUUUCUAUUUUAUCGAUAUUAUUCAAAAAAUAUGAAUUCUAUGAGAAACACAUUCCAAUGAUUACAACAGAAAUGAUUAAAAAUGGAGUUGAAAUAGUAGAUGUGAAGGAUGAUUAUCUAUCAUACUGUCUAGGUUUUAAAACCACAGGAUUAUUUAAGAAAACUAAUUAUUUUAUGAAAUGUUUAAAUCAAUUAAUUGGGAUGAAUCAAAUAAUUAAGUAUUAUGAAAAUCCAUUAAAAGGAUUUACCAUUUCUCAAACUAUUUCCCUUUACAGUACAGGUCAGAAAUAUCUCAGAACAUUCCUUCAAGAAUUUCCAUUCCCAAUUGAAAUAGUUUCAUUGGAAAAUGGAAAUAUUAGAAAUUUAUUUAACUUCUUUAAGGUUGCCAGUGAAAGAAAUUUCACAUUUCCAAUGGAACAAGUUAAGGAAGCAAUCAAAUGCUUGAAUUGUGAUAAUUGUCGAGAAAUUCAUGAAUUAGUUAGAUAUUUAAUGGAUAAAUAUCAAUUAACAAUUUAUGCAAUAGAAGAAGAAUGUAAAUUCUUUGCAAAAUUAAUGAAUGUACUAAGGAAAGACACUGCAUUAACAUUUAAAGCAUUUAAUGUAUUAUUUCCAAACCAGUCAGUAUUUGAAAUGUCACGUAUUUCUGAACAUGAUCAAACUUUUAUUAUUAAUAAUGUUAAAGAGUUAAUUAUUCAAAUUGUAAAUAAUACUUAUCCGUACGAAUUUAAUUUAAUGGAUCAAUUUUUGAGUAGAUUUUCACUUCCAAUUAUAGAUGCCAAACUAUUUAUUAUAAUCUAUGGAAUGCUCGCUCAAAAAGAGGAUGCCUUCUCAUUUCGAGAAUAUUUAAAUGUUCUCUAUAAACAUGCUUGGUAUGAUGUGCAUGAAAGGAUGAAAGAUCAUGUAAAGACAUUAUUGGGAAAGAAUAAUAUUGAAAAGUUUACAGAUAUUUCCACACCUGAAGAUUUUAACAAGUUUGGCAUGUCAAUUUCAAAUAAGGCAAAUCAAUAUUAUUGA